GCCGUGCUAUGUUUGGACGAAUUUCUCAUGGACGGUGCGGAUCCUCGAUCAUACAAUCCGGACCUGACGAAGUUCUUUGCCAAGGUGGAGCCAGAGCUGCUGGUCCGUGGCAUCAAUGCGGAUCGUAUCUCUACUUUCAUGGCCAAGAUACAGGCAACACACAUGCUUCUCUUACAAAUUCGAGACGGCCAUGAAGAUGCAGGCUUCUGGACAGCAGCGGAACUUCCAGGUUAUCCUCGACGACAGUGGUCUGCAGAACAGCAAGCUGUACUGACCUGGGUCCAAGAAAGCUUAACCAUCAGCGAUGCCGCAGAGAGCCGCAACCGAAUUCUCCAAGUAUCAGGCUCGCCCGGCACGGGUAAAACCGAAGUCGUCAUUGCAGCAGCCAAGCUCGCACUGGACGACGAUUGCCGGGUGCUCAUUGCCGGACCUAUUGGACUGUUGGUCGCCAUGUAUCGCUUGCGGCUCCCUGCCAAUGACCGCCUGACCAUGGAGACCAUCCAUUCUGCUUUCAAGCUCACUCGGCCCGCAGAUGCCGCCUACAUUCCGCCAGGCAGACUGCGGCGCUACGACGUCAUCAUCUUUGACGAAGUCUCACAAAUAGACGGUCAAGUAUGGGAUGAUCUGAAGACAGCCCUCGCUGAGUUACAUCCCGGCCCGCUCGUCUUGUUCGUCGGCGACUUCCAGCAACUUCAACCUGUUCGGGAACGGCAGCCAAGCAGACGUGAACUGCAGCAGUUCUUCGCUGGCAGAAUCUGGGACCAAUCAGAAGCCACCGCCAGAGCGAAGGCAUGGGAAGACCAGACCGAAAAGAGCUUCACCUUCCUGACGGUGACCAACAAAGCCGCAGCCAGCCUCAAUCGGGCCCGACUUGCCCUGGACUUUCCUAGAGAAGCGGAACUCCUCGCCAACGACGCCGGGAUCCCCGCAGAGAACGGCAAUGUGCUCAUCAGUUCCGGAAUGCGCAUCCGACUCACCUACAAUGUAAACAAACAAGAGGGCUUCGUCAAUGGAAACUCGGGGAUCGUACGAUUGCCACUCCGAAAAGAUGUCUUCGUGAUGGAAACCACACAAAAACAAUCAGUUUUGGUCUACCCCAUCACGCUCCGCGGACGCAAGUUCUUGCCUGUCGCUUACGGCUACGCCACCACCAUGCGGCGAGCCCAGGGCGCUACGCUUGAAGGAGUGGGACUGUGGUUCGACCGACGCUUGCCCGACAGAGGGUAUGCAUAUGUCGGAGUGUCCCGUGCAAAGCUCCGGGACUCUGUCUUCCACGUAGGAAAAUUGCGGCAGACAGACUGGCUGCCAGUCGGAGAACCGACAGAAGACGAGCAUACUCGCUUGUCUAUUUUCAGCGAGUCUUCUAACAAUGAAGAAGAAGAGUCGUCGGAACUGGAAUCGCAGAGUCUUGAACCUUCCUCCGGCGAUUUCGACCGAUCCCCUGAUGAGUGA